CUUUUUCUCUCUUUCUAGAAGUUAUAUUUCAUUCUUAGAUUGUUUUGCUUGCUUACUUUAGCUGAUUACUGGACUUUGAGUAUUUAUGCUAACGUGUACUAUUUUGGUUUUCAAGCGCUUUUACGAAAACGAAUGGGAUGACGAUUUUGCGUUGCGAUCCCCGAAGCCAAGAAGGGAACGCCGACCUAAGCAUAAUCCUGUUCUUGAGGAGGAUUUUAUAGAAGAGGAAGAAGAGAAUGUUAAUGACAAUGAUGAAAGCCGCGAGAAUGUCGAUUCACAAGUGGAUAGUGAUCUUCCGGCCGUGCAAGAGCUGAAUGAGAAGGCAUGUUUUUAUUUAUGAAACUGAGAAAGUAAUGUUCUUCUUUUGCGGUUGCUCAUUUCUUAAAAUGGUAUGAGCUUACAAGACAGUCAUUUUCGAAAUUUUGGAGGUUAUGCGAUUUUUGAACUGCGGUUGCUUGUAAUGCUUUUUCUGAACUUCUUAAAGCAGAUUUUUCAUCACAUGAAGAAUGUCAUCUACGGUUCAACUCUGUGCAAAAACUGGCAUCAAUAUUGCCGGUUCCAGUUCCAUAUUAUUUAGAGUACACAAUUCCAGUUCAAAAUUUACCUGGCAUAGCU